CUCGGGCUGGGUACAUUGUCGCGCGCGGCCGCUUCCCCCCGGCCGGGCCCCCGCCGCCCGCGUUCCACCGAGCGCCAGGCCCCCGGGGGGAGGGAGGGAGGGAGCAGGGCCGGUGGGCGCCUACGGCGCGCGGCAGGACCCACGGAGCCCCGCGACCCACCGAGCCUGGAGCCGGGCCGGGGCAGGAAAGCCGGCUCCAGCCCGGAGCGAACUUCGCAGCCGGGCGGGGGGCGGCGGGGACCCCGUCCGGAGCCGGAGGAGGGGGCGGCCGCGGGCCCUCUCGCCUCUGCUCCCGCGUCUCCGGGCACCAUGCUGUCCAACUCCCAAGGCCAGACCCCGCCGGUGCUGUUCCCCAGCCCGCCGCCGCCGCCGCCGCAGCAGCAGCAGACCCCCGCCCCGGCCCAGCCUCAUCCCCCGGCCCAGCCGCCGCCGCAGCCCCCGCAGCAGUUUCCCCAGUUCCACGUCAAGUCGAGCCUGCAGAUCAAGAAGAACGCCAUCAUCGACGACUACAAGGUCACCACCCAGGUCUUGGGACUGGGCAUCAACGGGAAAGUUUUGCAGAUUUUCAACAAGAGGACCCAGGAGAAAUUCGCCCUAAAAAUGCUCCAGGAUUGCCCCAAGGCGCGGCGCGAGGUGGAGCUGCACUGGCGGGCCUCCCAGUGCCCGCACAUCGUGCGCAUCGUGGAUGUCUAUGAGAACCUGUACGCGGGGAGGAAGUGCCUGCUGAUUGUCAUGGAGUGUUUGGAUGGUGGAGAACUCUUUAGCCGAAUCCAGGACCGAGGAGACCAAGCAUUCACAGAAAGAGAAGCAUCAGAAAUCAUGAAGAGCAUUGGUGAGGCCAUCCAGUACUUACACUCAGUGAACAUUGCUCAUCGGGAUGUCAAGCCUGAGAACCUCUUAUACACCUCCAAAAGGCCCAAUGCCAUUUUGAAACUCACCGAUUUUGGCUUUGCCAAGGAAACCACCAGUCAUAACUCCUUGACCACUCCUUGUUAUACGCCGUACUAUGUGGCCCCAGAAGUGCUGGGCCCAGAGAAGUAUGACAAGUCCUGUGACAUGUGGUCCUUGGGUGUCAUCAUGUACAUCCUGCUGUGUGGGUAUCCCCCCUUCUAUUCCAACCAUGGCCUGGCUAUCUCUCCGGGCAUGAAGAGUCGCAUCCGAAUGGGCCAGUAUGAAUUUCCUAACCCAGAAUGGUCAGAAGUAUCAGAGGAAGUGAAGAUGCUAAUCCGGAACCUGCUGAAAACAGAGCCGACGCAGCGAAUGACCAUCACGGAGUUCAUGAACCACCCCUGGAUCAUGCAAUCAACGAAGGUCCCUCAGACGCCCCUGCACACCAGCCGGGUCCUGAAGGAGGACAAGGAGCGGUGGGAGGAUGUCAAGGAGGAGAUGACCAGUGCCUUGGCCACGAUGCGUGUCGACUAUGAGCAGAUCAAGAUAAAGAAGAUUGAAGACGCAUCCAACCCUCUGCUUCUGAAGAGGCGGAAGAAGGCUCGGGCCCUGGAGGCCGCGGCGCUGGCUCACUGAGCCCCAAGCCCGUCCUGCUCCACUGGACGACAAGCAAUAACUCUCGACCGAAUAUAUUUUUUAAACGAAGAGACACAGAACUGUUCACUUCCGCUGCCCUCCUUCUUGGCCGCGCAGAGCCUGGAACCCCAUCCGAGGCUGAAUUCUGCCUUCGCCUCCGGCCACCCCAGAGAGAGGGAGGCUGGGAGGCCCGGGGACAGAGAGAAGGGAGCGCGAUGCUCUUGAACCUGUGCUCGUUUUGCAAUUUUAUCAGUGAUUUGACUUAGGAUUUUUAUGAAACUUUUAUGGUUCUAUCUGCCUCUCCUCCUCUCCCACAAACCCUAUCCCCUCUGGAUACUGCAGGGGUCCGGGGCUUGUUAGGGGGCUUGUGGAACCUGUCACAGGGAGUGUGCUUGUGUUGUCCUCCCUGCCCUCUCUACUUCCCCACUACAGCCCGAGGCCCCUGCUGGCUGAGGCACUCCAGGAGCUCAAGGCCAUAGAGGGCUGGGGCCAGGGUGCUGGCCCCCUCCUCUCCUCGGACCCCCAGACAUCACCAGUGUGCCCGCCGUGUGAGCGUGUGUGCACGUGGGCUGGGGCAGGCAGGCCUGUGGAGGGAGGGGGCACCGCCGCAGCUGCAGAACCGCCUGCCCCCUCAGGCCGGCCCUGCCCAAGUCCCUGGGAAGCCCGCCCAGGUUCCGAGCCGGGCCCUCCCCAGCCAGCCUCCGGAGGUGGUUCCGGGAGGUGGGGGGUGACUUCGGGCGCUAGCCCCACAGUCAGGAAGCCUGGACCGCCCCCUGUGCCCCUCCACCCCUGCCCCUUGUGCCAGUCCAGGCCUCUGAGGCGCGGCUCUACCGAGUGACCUCUGUACCUCCCCUUCCAGCCAUCACUAACCCAUCCUUGUUUCUAUUUCUUACAUUUUUACCCAUCUCUCCAUAGCCUUCUCUCAGCCCGCAUGGUGAGGCUGGGAAGUAGGUGGCGCAGAGCUCCUGACUCCCGGGUGUUGCCUGGGCUCUGGGGCUGCUGGCCAGCUGCCCCUUGUGGGCAGAGGACCGCCGCUCUUGCGGGGCUGCUGCAGAUUUCCAUCCUGUGGCCUGGUGGGCCGGGGGGGGGGAGUCUUUGCGCCAAAGAUACCCCGACUCUGCCCCUUCCCCAUUAGCCGUCCAUCCCUACCCCAGACGACUCAGCUUCCUGUGUCCAGGCCAGUGAGGGGAGCGUGCGGUGGGCCCUCCCCAGUAUCAAUGAGGAGCCCCAUGGGGAGAGGUCCUGUGGGCCAUGGCCGCCUCGGGGCAGGGGCAGCAGUAAUGCUUUAGUUUUCAUCUCCCUCAGGGGCAAGGUGGUGGAGGGGCCCCCAUGGUCCCCUCUGGGCGUCAGGGAAGGGCUCAGUGCCUGCAGUGCCUUCCCAGCUCUGAUGAAUUGUCAGCACGCAGACUGGUGUAACUGUUGUUUUGUAUGAGCAAAAUUGUCUUUACUAAACUGAUUUGAUAGUUGAAAA